GGAAAAAUGUGUUUCUCAUUCAUUCAUCUGUGUUGGGCCAAACUAAUUGUGAUUCGCAAGAAGACGCUCUUAAUUCCUAGAGCAAGCGACCCGUUUUGCACACCGAGUCAACCCGACCCGUCUUCGUUCCUCUCGAGUCUCGUCAAAUCGGUUGAUCGGCCUCCCGAAAUCUCCAGGAAUUCGUUCAUCUCUGACUUACACUGGGUUCGCUGUUUACAAAGUAACAAGGAUUCGCAGACUUGGCUUCAAGCAAUGUCUGCUCCCCCUCCUCCUUCUAUUACCGUGGAACCAGACCGCCUCAUUCAGGUUGCUGUUUCUCAAGUCUUUGGUCAGACCCGCCUUCGUUUCAGCCUGCCCCUCAUCUUCAGGGAAACCGAGGAGAAACUUGCUCACCUCUUUCAGUCUCAUCCUUCCUUGGAAUCCGAGUUCCUAAGUUGCGUUAACGAGACAGAGACGGCUGCUGAGUUCGAGGCAUCUUGGGACUCUAUCCUCACAAGAUACUAUCUAGAGGACAACGACUGGCUCCAGACGAUCUACAGUGCUAGGCAGCAAUGGGUCCCUGUUUUCGUCCGAGACACCUUUUAUGGGGAGCUGUCUGCAAACGAAGGAAGCAGCAUGCUCAACUCCUUCUUCCAUGGGUUUGUGGACGCCUCAACUACCAUCCAAAUGCUCAUAAACCAGUACGAGAAAGCAAUCAGUUGUUGGCGCGAGAAAGAAGUGAGAGCAGAUUAUGAAGCAGCGAACUCAGUUCCAGUUAUGAAGACGCCCUCUCCCAUGGAAAAGCAAGCUGCUAGCCUGUAUACCAGGGAAGCGUUCAUGAUCUUUCAGGAGGAGUUUGUGGAGAGCCUUGCGAAUCCUGCAAAUAGGAUUAGUGAUUCCGGAAGUCGCACCAUUUAUCGCGUGGCUAAGUUUGGACGAGGUCAUACUGUCGAUUUUGACUCUCUUGAGGUGAAAGCUCAUUGCAGCUGUCAAAUGUUUGAGUAUUCAGGGAUUAUUUGCAGACACGUGUUGGCAGUAUUCAGGGCCGAAAAUGUUGCUACUCUUCCAUCUCCCUAUCUACUAAGGCGAUGGACCAAAGCAGCAAAGACUCUGGAGGAACAACCCGACAGUUGCCAAGAAUCUUUAACCCUCUGCUACGACAAUCUACGCCAAGAAGCAACCAAGUACGUGGAGGAGGGCGCCAAAUCUAUUCAGAUCUAUAAAGCUGCAAUGGAUGCCUUGGAUGAAGCUGCCAAGAAAGUAGCUGCUGCUAGUAAUAAAAUUACAAGAGCAACACCUGGAACUACCGAGGAGUCUUACCAAGAAACUGCGAAUGCAAUGAAUCAUCCAGGGGGUGAAAAGGAGAGGACGAUACUUGAACUGACAGCUGAAUUGGAGAGGACUGGUCAGCGAUGCCAAGUCUAUCGGGCAAACCUGCUGUCCAUUUUGAGAGAUAUGGAAGAACACAAGUUUGAGCUAUCCCUCAAGGUACAAAACGCUAGACUAAGCUUGAAAGAUGUUAUUACGGAUAAAGUAGGUAAGCCUAUGGCUGCAAAGCAAGAGGUUUCUGGCUCGAGCGUAGAGUCGGAUCAUGAUACCUGGAUGCGAGCAAUGGAAAGGAGCCGAUCCAACGUCAAUGUUCUGCAAGACAGGCUCGUAAAUGUUGAGGAGUCCGCUCUGGUUUCCAAGGAAAUUUCACAAAAGGAGACUGAGAUUCUAUGGAGCCGAGUGAAAGCCGCAACAGCGUUGCUGACCUACCUGAAAUCGAAGGCAACAACUGUGGCUGCUGCGGAUUUGGCUCAGCUAUCGCUUGGAACUGAACAGCUCGAGGUUGAGGGGCUUGUCAAUAGCUCCUGUGAUGGCACUUAUGUCACUGAGAUGCUAAAGCAUGUAGAGACGGUCACAGGAGUAAUGGAGUCUCUGGCUAGGCGUGCUGUAAUGGCCGAAUCAGAAGCCGCAAUUGAGAAAGGCAAGUUUUUGUCAAGCCAAGAAGAAAUUCAAAGAAAGGUGGGCCAAAUCGACAACAUGUCCGUCAAGUUGGAGGACAUGGAAAAGUUUGCUCUUGGGACCAGUAGCAGUCUCUGUGAAAUGCGGCAGAGGGUUGACGAUUUGGUCGAAGAGACGUCCAGGCAGAAGCAACGAGCUACGGAAAAUGAGCAGGAACUCUGUCGUGUCAGGAGAGACUUUGAGUCGCUUAAAUCCUACGUUACAAGCCUCAUCAGCGUCAGAGAAACACUCGUCUCUUCCGAGAAGCAGUUCCAAACUAUCGAGAGACUUUUUGAGCGGCUUGUCGCGAAGACAACGCAGCUGGAAAGCGAGAAAGUGCAGAAAGAAGCAGAGGUUCAAAAACUAAUGGAAGAGAACGUAAGACUGACGGCGCUCGUGGACAAGAAAGAGGCGCAGCUUCUGGCCAUGAAUGAGCAGUGCAAAAUGAUGGCACUAAGCUCCAUAUAAUGAAGAGUUAAAAGACUCUCUUCCACAUGUAACAUAAAGAAACCCCCUCAUUUGAUACAAGUUUCCUUUUCUUCCUUGUUUGUAUGAUUCCAAGAAAAUAAGAAGAAGAAAGGCAAGAGUGUAAUCUAUACAUAUGUGCUUGUACAUUCUUCGCUGCGCAUGAAAUUACAUUAUGGUUUGGGUCCAGGGUCUAGGGUUUUAGGCUUGAUAGGAUUGGUUGCGACUUGAGAGGUGUUGGUCGGACCAGUAAUGAUUGGUGGCUAAAAAGAUGCGGCUGCACGAGACUGUAUGGGCUUUCUGUUAGAAUUCCGUUAAUGGGGUUUGUCUGUAAUACAUCAUUGCUCUAUUUCUUUCAUCCACAGAACAUGACUAGCCGUCGUCGCCCAUGUUUCUCCUCAGCAAUUUGAAACUCCCGACAUUAAUUUUAUACAUAUAUUAUUAUGUGGUACAUGUAAUUUCUUCACUCAUCACUGUGAAUUUACAAAUGCGUGAUCUUGGUUAGUUAAUAGAAAUAUGGGGAACUCGCAGUUACAUUUUCUUAUACAUGUCUAAUAGGAAAAGUGUUGCACAUGGUGAGUCCCAUAACGUUGAAACGUCAUGUAAAUUCUCUAUGUCUAUGUGGGUGCUAUUAACAUGUCAUCAUCAUAUAUGUGUACAUAUGUGUGUUUGUGCAUAUAAAUACGAGUCACACCACUCUCUCUUUAUCCACAAGCAAAAAAAAAAAAAAAAAAAGGAUCUUUGAGAUGGGUGUAGAAAGGGGAAGUAGUAAGGCUCUGAAGCAGAUGCUAAAGAGAUGUUCGAGUUUGGGGAAGAAUCCGAGGAGUAACGUCGACGUUAGCUUUAACGGCGUCCCAAAAGGCCACUUCGUCGUCUACGUUGGUCACUCCAGAUCCCGGCACGUCAUUCCUAUCUCCUUCCUCACGCACCCCAUCGUCCAGAUGUUGCUGCAACAAUCUGAGGAAGAGUUUGGGUUCUACCAAGACAAUGGCCUAACCAUUCCUUGUGAUGAAACCUUCUUUCUCUCUCUCAUUUCCUCCAUUAAUCCUUGACAAGACAAAUAUGAACUCAGUGUCUGUGUAACUACUUGUGUGUGUAUAUAUUCAUUUCUCUUCCUUACUUCUCAUGUAUUAAUAGUGCAUGUGUCAUUUGAGAGGAGUUGAAUUUACGUUACGUACCUAGCUCUACUUG